AUGGCUCUCGGCUCAGCCUGGGCACGGUUCAAAGGCGGAAGCGGGGGAGUCGUCGGGUCAACCACCUGGAAGCUGUUCGGCCUCGCAACCUGGAUACCCGUCAUCGCCAUGUUCAACCUGCACGUCGCCGAGCUGACGGUCGUCGACGGGGCGUCCAUGUACCCGCUUAUAAAUGACGACAAGGACUCGACGCUGCGGAGGGACGUGAUCCUGAACUGGAAGUGGUCGCCGCAUGAGGGCAUCGAGAGGGGCAUGGUUGUGACGCUGCGGAGUCCGCUUCACCCCGAGGUCAUUGCAGUCAAGAGAGUCGUGGCCCUCGAAAACGACGUCGUUAGGACAAAAGCACCCCAUCCGUUGCCGACGGUGCGAGUACCACAGGGCCAUGUCUGGGUGGAGGGUGAUGGACCACCUGGGUCGAGCCUCGACAGCAACACGUAUGGGCCCGUGUCGAAGCAGCUUCUCACGGGGAGGGUCACGCACAUUGUCUUUCCGUUCCGCAAGUUUGGCCCAAUUCGAUGGUGGGAGCAUGAGCGGCCGCUCGAGUAA